GGCGGAUCCACCGGGUACAAUGGAGUCGGACGUACAUAGACAUGAGUGGCUUGGAUACUAGAAGACCCGACGCCUUCGAAAGCCGCUAUGAAUAUCGGUAUUAUGAAACUAUGAAAUUCAAGCGAGCGGUGGCGGUGAGACCGACCACAGACUACUUGACUUGAAACAAAAACUAAAAGUGCUGAGUAACUGCCGGGUUCACCUGCUGUGCUGUAACAGCACUGCUGUCUUUUUUUUUUAACAUUGGCUGCUCUUCUGACUGUCCUCUGCAUUUUUUUUUCAAUGUCUUUGUCCGAAAGAGCAGCGACAUAACAACCGUCCGAUAUAUCACCCUCAAUUUAAAGAUAACCGCCGAGGAAAAUGUCAGAGGUCAACAUACCAAAGCGCAAGGAGAAGUGUGAGAACUGCACCAAACAGUGCAACAAGAAAAAGAGUGACGAUGGCGCCGACUCACACCAGGAGAGAGAUGAAGUCAAUGGACAGGUACAUGAAGGAUCCCAGUUGCUGCUGAGUGCCUGUCUGUCCUGCGAUGGCUGUCUAUCAGAAGAGGAGAGCCUGAAGGUCUCUCAGCAGAGCCUGGAGGAAGUGGAGCGGGUUCUGGCCCUCAACAAGAAGUGUGAUACGUCGAAGCACAAGGUGCUGGUAGCGUCGGUGUGUCCACAGUCUCUGCCUUUCUUUGCCGUCAAGUUUGGUCUGGACAUCAACGAGGCCGCCCACAAGCUCUGUGGCUUCCUCAAGAGUUUAGGAGUACAAUAUGUGUUCGACACCACUCUGGCGGCAGGCUUCAGCAUCUUAGAGAGCCAGAAGGAGUUCAUUCAGAGGUUUCGCAGGAGGCACCACGACUCCCACGCCUUGCCCAUGUUCACCUCCUCCUGCCCAGGGUGGAUCCGCUAUUCAGAGCGAGUCCUGGGCAGUCUGGUCACCCCUCACAUCUGCACGGCCAGGUCUCCUCAGCAGAUCAUGGGCUGCCUGGUCAAAGACUACUUCUCUAAACAGCAGAAGCUGAGUCCGGGGAAUGUCUACCACGUGCUGGUGGCUCCCUGCUUCGAUAAAAAGCUGGAGGCUGUCAGAGAGGAGUUUUACAACGGCCUGCUGGAGGCCAGAGACGUGGACUGUGUCCUCACCUCAGGUGAGAUCUAUUACCUGAUGGAGCAGAGGAAGGUUUCAGUGGAGGAGCUGGACUCCGUUCCACUGGACCACGUGCUGGGAGAGGCUGGAGACGCGGCGCUGGUGAGGCACGAGGGCCGAGGUUCUGACGGCUUCCUGGAACACGUCUUCAAACACGCUGCCAAGGAGCUCUUCGGUCUGGACGUCCACGAGAUCACGUACAAGACCCUCAGGAACCGGGACUUCCAGGAAGUGACUCUGGAGCGUGAUGGGGAAACUCUGCUGCAGUUUGCCGCCGUCUACGGUUUCAGGAACAUCCAGACCCUGGUUCACCGAAUGAGAAAGGGACGUGUGCCCUACCAGCUGGUGGAGGUGCUGUCCUGCCCAGGAGGGUGCUUGAGCGGCCGCGGUCAAGCAGAGAGCGACGCCGGAGGCCGGGUGGAUAAAGACCUGGUCCAGCAGAUGGAGGAGGCCUACAGCAGCCUGCCAGUCCGUCUGCCAGAGGUCAACCCCACCCUGCACACCCUCUAUCAAGACUGGCUGCAGGGCCAGGACUCCCCACAGGCCAACAUGCUCCUGCACACCGAGUACAGAAGUCAGAUCCACACACAGCCCCCACACAUGCAGUGGUGAGGAGGAAGGGGGGGUGUUUUGCUUUUUAAGACAUGAUGGAAUAAAUGCUGCUUGAUUCUGAUUCCUCUUGGACCAUCUCAUCAGUCCACCAUGAAGGACAAGUCAAGAACUAUGCUGCACUUUGGACCAGUGAGUCUCAAUGGGUGUAGCUCUUCCAUUAGUCCACAGGGGGGCAGUGUCUGUAUUUAAAAUCGGUGGAUUGCCUGUGCCAAACCUGAGUCAGAGGAGAAAUGAGUCCGGAGUCCAGAAAAAUACACAUUUUUCAGCAGACUGAGGCAGUGAUGCGGAUAAUGGCUCACAAGAAGAUUAUGUACAGGGUCAGCCAGUCACCUGAUCAACCAGCUGCUCUGAGAAAUUAGGAAAGUCUGUAGCAACUGCAACUAAGCAUGUCAAUCUACAGAGCAAUAAGCCACUGAGGAGACGGAUAAGACACUUUUUAGCACGACUGGAACUGAACCUGCGGAUGCUGAAUGUCCAUUUAUGUGUGUUCCAAAUGUAAACCGCCCAAUGUAAACCAUGCUGUUUUACUUUGUGUUGAAGUUGUCUCCACUGUUCAUCACUGAAAGACAAGACGAUGUGUUCUCAAAACACCGUGUUAACUAUGCAACAGUGUGGUCAUCUUAUCUCAACAGUAGAAUGAAAGUAAGACCUAGAGGUUGAAAGGCCUUUUGAUAACACUUAACAACCGUGAGUGUUUGCUUAUGUGUCGCCACUAGCCCAGUUUUUGGUCUAUCCGUCCCAGUGAAGAACCUGGGACGGUACAAGAAGAUUUCAUUUGUAUUGUCACUUUGGUCCCAUUCCACAAUCUAGUGUUUUUAAGUUAUAUGUUGUUUUUUUGUUCCUUGUUUUACAAGAUUAAACAUACAUGUGAAAUUUUAAGCACUAAAAUAUUC